AUGUUUUUUGUUGCAGAGUAUAUAUUUGUUAAGGCAUCUGUGCAAGAACGAUUUCAAGCGGCAGUUAAUGUUAUUAAAGGCUUAUCAAAACAUGUAAAAUUUGAUGGCUUAUAUAAACAAGCAACUGAAGAUCCUUCCAACCAAAAUAAACCGAGAAUAUGGGAUGUCGUGGUUCGAACUAAAUGGGACGCUUGGGAUAAGAAUCGUCUUCUCAGUAAGGAAGAGGCUAUGCAAGAUCUUCAAGAAAUGAUAGAAGCUAUGUCUUUUACGGAAAAUGUGCAAUACUUUUUUGGCAGUUUAUCGGGAUUAGAAAAUAUUAAUUUGGGUGAAUUGGAUAUCGUAGCACCUGACAUGAAAGAAUUAGCGGAAUUUCAUCCUAAUUCACCGUUCAAUUCACGUACCAAUAGCCCCCAUCAUGGACGUGGUAAUAACGCUGACGCUAUUGCAUCUGAAGUAAAUCCCACUUGUACCACAUCUACUAUUGAAAAUCAAAGCGUGAUAAAUGGUAGCAUCGAUCAGUCAGAUUAUGAACACUUAGAUUCUUUCAAUGAGCAAAAUGAUUUCCACAAAUCCUUACACGCAUAUUCUUAUUCGAUUUGCUUACCAGUUUCUUGA